GCUAUGUAUGGCACGAAGAAAUCUCAAUAAUCGUCCGAAGGGAUGAACGGCCCCCUUUCCUCAACCCGCAGUUUUCUCUCUGACCUUCCCUCCCUCCCGGUUGAUUCGAAAGUCCGAUUUCUCGGUUGCGUGAGGACAUACCUGAUCCGAACAGGCCACCUCGUCCUAGAGCACAACUAUCCCCACCGUAAACCCCCGCAAGAGCCAGCCUCGGUGUUGGUCGACGUCAAUGCCGUGCUAGAAUCAGUCACGGCCGAGGAACUGCGCGUGGGGGCGUGGGUGACUGUGCUCGGGUAUGUGAGAAGAAGAAAGCCAAGUCAAGAUGCCGAUGAAGCUGGCCCUGCCUCUGUGUUUCCGACUAUCUACAUUGAAGCUGUGCUGGUGAUCCCGGCGGGUGCUGUGGCGUUGGGAGAGUAUGAGCGGAUUCUUCGGGACUCAUUGGAGAUCGAACGGCGAGCGAGGAGCGCGGGUUGACGUGAAAGUGCGUGUGGAGGUGAUGGGGUAUUACAUCCAAUCUCAGCAACUACGGAUGCCCUGAUGAUCAGAGCCAUGCUAUGGAAGUCUGAACAUUGCACUCGGGUUUCACAGUGGGGCUCAUGGUAUAAGCUC